AUGAUGAGAUGUCCAAACAUCUGUGGUAAUGAAAAAGUUGGCAGUGCACUGAUAACAAACUCUGAACAAAAGGGAAGGUUGGGCAAUUGGUGGACUUAUUGGGUUUCCUAUGUAGGGUGUUGGGUGGGGGAUGAUGUUUUGGUAUGGGGAGGGGGGGUUGCGGUUUGUUGGGUUGGGUUCAAAAGGGGCUUUUUUGGUAAUCAUCUUACUAUUGGGUUUUGUGGGGGAUCCUUACUAUUGAUAAUUUGGUGCACCGUCAUCAUAUUCAAGUCAAUUGCCCAAGAGUGGCACCUCUCUUCAUGGAAGAGCAGUGAUGAUCCAGCUCAAGGUGAUUUUUCCUUUUGGUGUGAUCCCCAAGGUUAUCCACAACUUAUUCUGAGAAAUGGUUCCAUUGAGCUGCAUCGAUCUAGACCAUGGAAUGGUCUCGGAUUCAAUGGGAGACCAAACCUUAAACCAAAUUCCAUCUACAAAUAUGGAUUAGUUUUCACUGAGGAGGAGGUGUAUUAUGGUUAUGAACUCAUUAACAACUCAGUUGUUUCAAGGUUUGCUCUGAGUCAUAAUGGCAUUGUGCAGCGCUUCACAUGGAUUGAUCGAACCCAAGAAUGGGUCCCUUACCUGAGUACACCAACAAAUAAUUGUGAUUAUUAUAAACGGUGUGGUUCAUAUUGUAGCUGUAACGUUGAAAACAUACCAGUAUGCGGUUCUUUGAGUAACUUUGUGCCCAAAUAUCCAAAGGAAUGGGAAAAUGGAGAUUGA